GUCGAUUUUAAGUAAGAUUACUAAAUAACAAAAAACAGGCUUUAGAUUGUAAGUAAGAUUACUAAAUAACAAAAACCAGGCUUUAGAUUGUAAGUAAGAUUACUAAAUAACAAAAAACAGGCUGUCGAUUGUAAGUAAGAUUACUAAAUAACAAAAACCAGGCUGUCGAUUGUAAGUAAGAUUACUAAAUAACAAAAAACAGGCUGUCGAUUGUAAGUAAAUGCUACUAGAAUUAAGCAGGUUGUUUAUUGUAAGUGACAAAUGACAAAAGCAGUAGUUGGCAACAUUCCUUAGUUUGUCUCCAUGUUUAUGUUGCUGUUUCCUCGCUGAUUGAGUUGUUUAUUUUCUUUUGCAGGGAGGUAAACAAACCGUCGAGUGCGUCAACAAGGGCCUCACCACCAUUCCGGCGGGAAUCGACCACGGCACCCAAGUGCUCGACAUGAAAGGGAAUUCCUUGGUCAUCCUCUCCCAUGAGAAGUUCAAGAUGAUGGGACUGACGAACCUGCAGCGAAUCUACGUCUCUCAUUGCAAGCUGGUGCAGCUGGACGACGUGGCCUUCCGCGGGCUGACCAACCUCGUCGAGCUGGACCUCAGCAAUAACGACCUCACCUUAGUUCCUGAAGCUGCUCUGGACCAUAUCCCAGCCCUGAUGCGUCUCCAGUUGUCCAACAACCCCAUCACAAAGGUCAAGAACGGUGCCUUUAGGGGUCUCAAGUACCUCACCUCCCUGGAAAUGACCUCCUGCAUGAUCCAGACCAUUGAGCCUCUGGCGUUCCAGGGGCUGGAUAAGCUCGAGUGGCUCAAGCUAGACGCGAACCAGCUGGAGUCUGUACCUCCCAAGAUGAUGUUGCCGAAGUCGCUCCACGGAAUUGACUUACACAACAAUCCGUGGAGGUGCGACUGCCGCCUGCAGCACCUGCGCACGUGGUUCGUCAAGUAUAACGUUCCCUCUUCUAUAAAACCGAAGUGCUCCACGCCUCCGAGACUCGAAGGCCGUAUCAUAAGAACUGUCCACUCUGACGAACUGGCUUGUGCUCCAGAAGUCAGACCAACGUCUCUCUACCUAGACUUGUUGGAAGGGAAAAACGUCUCGUUCGAAUGUCACGUCACAGCCGAACCAAGUGCUCACAUUCAGUGGAAGUUUAAUGGACAGUCUCUAGAAAAUAGUUCGUUUGUGUACGACGAAAGUUCAGCAUUUUAUAUUUUUGAAGAGAGUGGAGUGAAUGACGAACGUGUGAGUCAUUUAAGGAUUGAGGGGGUAACCGCUGCCCACGAGGGAGCUUUCCAGUGCAUUGCAGAAAAUCAGGCUGGAAUAGUCAUCUCGAACUUCACUCUAAGGAUAAGCCAGCCAGUGGUUGAAGUUGUGGAAGAAAACUUUGUCAUGGAUCACAUUGUAUAUAUUGGGGUAGCACUCGUAGUUCUUGUACUUCUCGUUCUAAUUCUUCUUUGUAUUCUCAUUUGUCGAUGCUGCCGUAAGCGAACUACGGCGCAGGAGAAGGUGACCGGGUCUCCCAGUUCAUCCGGUAAUGGAAGGCCCAAAGAGGGACCAGCGCCAGCUACGAACAACAUGCCGAAAUACAUUCAGAUGGGAACUCCUGCACCUAAGGUGAACGGCAUAUCUGCCGAGCCUCCCCCAAUCUCUGUCAUAGACACGUCUCCCUACAGGACCGAGUCAUCUUCGGCUCCCCACACGAACCCAGACAUCAUAUCGGAUGCCCCCGAUGACCGGGGGAAGACUGGUAAGAAGCGGGUCAGCAUAAUGGGAGUGGAGGAAGUGGAUCCUUGCGGCACAGUCACUACAAGGAAACUAGAUGAUAUCAUCGAAGAGUUUGAGGAAGGUUAUGAUCCAGGUUAUGACCAGCUACAGGCCCAAAAUGAGCAAGAUGGGCAGGGUAUUCCGUGUGCCACGAUGCCAAGACGGAGGGAAGGAGAGCCUGCUAAUCCAUACCCUCUGACUGAAAUACCACCUCCAGAGGAAAUGAAUCAAGGAUCCCGCUUUUAUGACAGGGACGGCUAUCCCAUAGACUAUGGCUUGCCCCAUAAUGGAAAUGCCAACGAACUCCCAACAAACUACAAUCCGCCUCCACCCGAAUCAGCUCCCGUAUACGCAACCGUCAGACGCAAUCGCCACGGCGUGCCGCCUCGAAACGACCUCAUGCACGACCAGAAGUACCCGGAGGAGUAUCGUCUUCCUCCUCCUCACGACCCACAGUUCCAUCCACCAGACGGCCGCUACCCUCAGGCGUACGGCUUAGCCCCAGAAAAGUUCAACGGGACGGCGGAUGGAUCCUGCGAAUUCUGUCCGCCGCCAGUGGUGCCAGUGCAUCCUGACUACCCGGCCGAUCCCGGAGGCCGCAUCAGGGGCGAUGGCUGCAGCUUCGACAACCUCCUGUCCUCGUGCGGAGGAGGAAGCCAGUGCUGCUACACAGAGCAGAGAAAUCGCCUCUACGACAACACCCUCCCAGAAAACUACCGGCCACUCGACCCGGAGCCCCCGCCGCCAGAGGGCUGGGGAGAUGACGACGCCGUCAACAUGAGCACGUGGUGCGAGCAUCCAGAGUCGCCCGGGACGAGAGUCCUCUACUCGCCUGACGACAACUACUCUGACCAGCAGCAGGCACAGGGCACUCAGGUGUGAGCCAGGAGGCGCCGCCAGGACGAAGCCCAAGCAGUCUGGCCAACCCCUCGGCAUUACUCCAAAUGUACACACACACACAUAAGUGACUUCUCUCUCUCUCUCCCUCUGGUCUGUCACAUAACACAGUGACGCUCUUAGUUUUAAAAAGAAGGAAAAUAAACACUUUUAAAAUGUUCUGUGUAUUUUUGCAGUGAGUGUGUUGCACUGUCAGAAUAAUGUCGUCAUCGUCUUCAGUCUCCACCAGUGACUGAAGUUCUCUCUCUUCCCUCGUCAGCCAUUUGCACUUGAAUUCUUAAGGACCCUAUUCUGUGAGAUAACAGUAAAACUGAAUGUGUGUUGGGGCGCCAAAUGUUCCAUAGAUACAUACCAAAUAGAUUCGCGGUGAAAACAGGGACAAAGUGAUUGUACAUAGGACUUCAAAAAAUAAUGAUUAAGAAUAAUAAAGAUGAUGAUGAUAAUAAUAAUAAUAAUGAAAGAAAGAGUGAGCUAGCAAACGUGUGAUAUUACUCUUUUUGAAUUCACUUCAUAAGUAAAGGAAUUUCAUUGCUUUAUAUAUCGGCAUCGCGUGUACAGAAUCCUCUAUUUUGUAUGACUUUUCUCUAGGUGAGAUUUUGUAUAUAGAUAUAACGAACGAGAGGGAUAGUUAAGGUCUUCGAAAGUGAUAAAAUACUUUAGGCUAAAUCAUUAUCUGGAGGGGAGGCGAGCGUAAAGGAAAAUGGGACAAGAUAUAUAGAUAUAUAUAUAUGUAAAGAUGAAUAUAUGAUGUCCUGUUAAACUGAUCUUCGGAAUUUUGAGUUUAGCAACACGAGACGUGAUCUGUGUGGUGGUAUCCAGGUCACAGGUGGAAAAAUAAGAAAGUGCUAAUUUUAUUUUAUUUAUUGUGAUUUAUUUAUGGAAUUGUCAUUUGUAUUUAUAGACUUUUUUGGUAUACUAUAUAUAUAUAUAGGUUUGCACUCCAGAAUACAGAAAUGGAAGAGAUGAUAGUAAUCCUCGGAUAACCAGUCCAGUCUUGCCGAUCAUAGAACUAAUAAAUCCACAAUACAGUUUUCUAAAUACAUCCCCAUCAAAUUUUUUUUUCCUCCAUUGUAAGUGUAAAUAAGUAGAUGCCUCAUUAUUUAACAUAUUUAUUAAAGUCAUUUCACGCUAUGAAUUCCCAUUUACACACACACACACACACACACACACACCAAGGUUGGAUUAUUAUUGGAGCAUUAACUCGUCAAGUUAAUCCUGGGAAACUCCAAAGAGAUAUUAGGCGUGACAGGGAAUCUUACGAACUAAUAAUGAUUUGAUAAUGACUAGGUUAAGUUGCAUCCAAAGCUUUAACCACCAAAGAUUAGAUAACUAGUCUCAUAACAUUUUUUUUUAUACAUGUACGAUCCAUCAUACAACACAUGUAUGCGUAUGUAGUACGAUUAUAUAUGGACGUAUUUUGCGAGUACGCGAUUUACGAGUGCGUAUGUGAAUUUGCGCGCAAAUGCACAUAGAAGGACGUAUGUAAUCCUGUAUGUACGCACGACACACGGAGGAACGUUCUCAAAAGAAGGAAUUCGUCAGGUCAUGCGUUAACACUGGGUUGGGUUAGCUGACCAAAUGUCACGUUCACUUUCUUAUGCGAUGUUUGAAGCAAAAUGCAUAUUUUUAUUUUAAUAAUUCGGGAAGGGGUGAAUCACUUUGUUUUAAACAGGCAAAGUCAUAAUUAUUGUGCUUUUCGUAUGUUUGUAACGAAUCGCUGAAGAAAUUU